UUUUGUAUUGAUCCCAUCCAAAAAAAUAAUGAAUUAAAAUAAUGAUAAGAACAAUUGCGCCGUUUUCUGGCUUUCAUUAUUGAAAUUAUUGAAAUUUUGAUGCAUUUUGAAUGCUAUAUUAAUUGCAUUUAAAUAUUUAUUUAACAAAUUAAAUGAACGAUUUCAACUGAAAAAAAUGGGUGAAAUACCGAGCUCCAUGUCUGCAUGGCAAGUUUUGGAUUACAGUGGAACAAUUCAUUACACGUCAGAAGCUCCUGUUCCGAAAAUAAUCAAUCCUCGUGAAGUUUUGGUAAAAGUGACCUCGUCUUCAAUCAAUAUAAUAGAUUGGUACAUGACCGAGGGUUACGGGCAUGUUUUACUGAAUUUCAUCAAGAAAAUCCUGCAUUUCUUUUCUGGCUAUCCGUCGCACGAAUUUCCUGCAACAUUGGGUCGAGAUUUCGUCGGUAAAGUCGUUGCCGUUGGCUCAAGAGUAAAUCCCAUGUACGAAAUCGGUACUAUAGUCAUGGGUCUUGCACCACCUCCAAGAGAUGGCUCUCAUGCUGAGUAUGUCGUCGUAAACCAAAAAUAUAUAACUAAAAAACCAGAUGAAAUCAAAGAUGAAGAAGCAGCUGCUGUUUUGUACGCCGGUGUGACUGCCUGGUCCGCGUUGAAUAUCGGAGCAGAUCUUUGGUUCAGAGAAAAAAAGAAUAAAAAAGUUUUAGUUAUAGGAGCAUCCGGUGGAGUUGGCACAGUUGCUAUUCAAUUAUUGAAGUCGUGGGGAACGAGUGUGGUAGCUACUUGCAGCUCAAAUGCGAUACCAUUGGUGCAAAGAUUUCGCCCUGAAAAAAUCAUAGAUUAUACCGAAUCGUCUUUCUUUGAUGAACUGCGAGAAUGGGGACCAUACGAUAUCAUAUUGGAUGCUGCAAAUAUCGGCGAGGCUCAAAUUCCUAAUUACAUAUGUUUUUUGAAAUCGUUCAAAUGCGCCAAAUACAUUACUCUGCAACCUCCCAUUCUUCCCGAAACCGAUCGAUAUGGUGUAUUUUUUGGUUUAUUGAAAACGUUGUACGAUUUUAUUGCGGUUAAUGUCGUUCACGGAUCACUGCUCACAGCGAGGUCCAUUUCUUAUGGAAUAUUUAUUCCAAUGCGUGGUGCGAUUGAAGAACUAGCAACUUUAAUGAAACAAAAGAAACUCCAUGCUGUAAUAGAUUCAGAGUUCCCAUUUGCUGAAGCUUCUGCGGCUUAUGAUCGAGUGAAGCAAGGCCAUCUUAGAGGAAAAGUGAUAUUGAAACAUUAACGCAAUCAUUUUCUCAAUGGAGAAUACUUUAAUGGAUAUUCGUGUCUUUCUAUCUGUUUUUUUUUUCAAGAGCUUAGAACCAAAAGGACGUUUUUAAAGAGCUUUAGAUGUUACCAAGCGUUUUAAUCAUUUAUUUAAAAGCUCCCGAGAUUUUGAAUUUUUUUAUAGUUCCUACUUUUUAUUCUUUAUAGUAUUUUUUAAAUUUUAUUUUUGCGUUUUUUAAUGAUUUUUUGUUUGAAUAAUUUUUAAUGCUAAGCAAACUUAAUCAAAUUACUGAAUUUAAUUUUAAACGCUUAUUCAUAAUCAAGAUAAUGCUGUUGGUUUACUUGAGAUACGUAAAAUUACGUGAAAAAUACUGCAUUUUUUUGUCUAAUACGUUAAGUUUGCAUUUUUUUUUAUAUUCAGUAGGGAAGUAAUCAAAAUGUGGUCUACAUUACAAAAUUGUCUUUCCCAUUCCCUUGAUGAAUCUUCACUGUUUUGUUACCUUAAUAUACGUACAUACGCGCAUAUCAAUCGAAGCACUUUAUUUUACUUAUAAAAAUUUAUUUUACCGAAGAUAUGUAUUUGUUGAUGCAUUAUGUUAAUUUGUUACGCAUACGCAAAAUAUUGAUUCAAGUAAUAACAAUAAGGUUGCCAAAUCACGGAAAUGAUACAACUUUUUAAGAAAAAAAUUAUAAUUUUACCUACUUCCAAGUUAAUGUUAUCGAUGUGUGAUUUUUAUUAUCAAAAUAAACAUUACUUUGAAAAAUCUAUAAA